GAUGCCCUGAUUGAAUCAAAAGAAAAACAAACCUGUCCCGUAUUGAGUAAUUUUGCGACAUGCCGGUUAGCUUCAACGCGCAGUAAACAUGACCAGUUUCAUCAGCAUAAGUUUGUUUAACAAUUGUAGACGUGUGUCCUCAACUCUAGUGUUAAGUGCAUGCCGGAACGCUUCUACCACAGCCAAUGGAAAUGUUGCGUUAGUAAAAGCUACCAAAGCCAGAACAGUGGCCGGUAGUAGCAGUGCCGGACCUUUCGGCGCACCUUCACAGCUGUCCGGAAAUCCAUACUUCGUCAGUAGAGCAUCCAAAGUUACCUCGGCUGCGGCUUCUAAUGGUGGAGGAACUGCACACGACGAUGACUUCAUCGAAGCCGUCGUCUGCCAGGACGCGGACAUUGGCGAGAAUCAGAUGAAACAGGUCGAACUGGGCGAGGGCAAGGUGCUUUUGGUACGCCAGAAUGGUAAGCUUACCGCCAUCGGUAAUAAAUGUUCACACUACGGCGCAAUGCUUGUUACCGGAGCGCUUGGCGAUGGGCGCGUCCGUUGUCCGUGGCACGGAGCCUGCUUUAACGUCGAAACGGGGGACAUAGAAGACUUCCCAGGUAUGGACUCCUUGCCUUGCUACCGGGUAACCGUUGGUGAGGCCGGUGACGUGAAAGUGCGUGCGAAACGAACCGAACUGGCCACCAACAAGCGUACCCGGCUGAUGGCCAAACGCGUAGCGCAGGACGAACGUACGUACGUCGUCAUUGGCGGUGGUCCAUCGGGGGCAACCUGUGCGGAAACGCUUCGCCAGGAAGGUUUUACCGGACGGGUUGUGAUGAUUAACAAGGAACCAGCCCUACCGUACGACCGGGUAAAGGUGAGCAAAACGAUGGACAUGAACCUGGAGAAGUGUCUACUGCGUACGCAACAGUUUUACGACGAUAACGACAUCGAAGUGAUGCUGGGCACCGCCGUUACCAAGCUGGACCCAACGACACGGGAACUUACGCUCGACAAUGGGUACAAGAUCCGGUACGAUAAGGCAUACAUUGCAACCGGUUCAAACCCACGCCGACCACCAAUUGAGGGUGCCGAUUUGGGCAAUGUGUGCGUGUUGCGGACGGCAGCCGAUGCGAAGCAGGUUAACGAUCAGCUUGGACCGGAAAAGCGGAUCGUCAUACUGGGAACGAGCUUCAUCGGCCUUGAAGCGGCUGCCUAUUGUGUGAAUAAGGUGGCAAAGGUAACGGUCAUUGGACGGGGUGCCGUUCCACUGAAAGAAUCGUUCGGUGAUGCGGUCGGCAAACGUGUGAUGGAACUGUUUGUGGAGAAGGGUGUAGAGUUUGUGAUGAAUUCGGGCAUCCGGCGAUGUAUCGGAGAGGCGGGCACACUGAAACAGGUCGAGCUGUCCGACGGAACGGUGCUCGAUGCGGACGUGUGCAUUUUUGGCAUCGGAUCAACGUUGUUUACCGAGUUUUUGCAGGAUUCGGGCAUUGCGUUAAAUCGCAAUGGAUCGAUCAAUACCGAUCAGUAUUUGGAGACGAAUGUGGAGGGUGUGUAUGUGGGUGGAGACAUUGCCAAUGCACCGGUGCUCUCGAACAGUGGCCAGCAAGCCACCAUUGGUCACUAUCCACUGGCGCAGUAUCAUGGCCGUGUUGCGGCAUUUAAUAUGAUCGGUAAGGCAACACCGCUCCAGACGGUUCCCUUCUUCUGGACGGUGCUGUUUGGCAAAUCGUUCCGAUACUGUGGAUAUGGCACUCCGGAUGAGGUAAUCGUCGAAGGAGAUUUAGCCGCAUUAAAGUUCGUUGCCUUUUACAUCGGUAAAGGCGGUCGCGUGAUCGGUAUGUCAUCGUGCCAGCGAGAUCCGGUUGUGGCCCAGUUUGCAGAGUAUUCGUCGCAGGGUAAGGUGUUGCACAAGGACGACCUGACGCCCAACCCGUUUGGGUGGAUACCGGCUUAAUUGGAAUGU